AUGUUUGUUGAAACUCGAAAAGGAAAUAAAGGAAAGGAACUGGAUGUAGAAACUGGAAAAGUAAUUUCCCAACUUCAAGAAAUGGUUGAAAAGGAGAAAAGUGAUACAGAAGCUUUUAAAGUUUUUUUUUGGAAAGGAGUGUCCAGGCAGGAGUCAAUUGAAGAUUUGUUAGGAUUAUCUCAUGGAGAUGCUAAUAGUUCCCCAAAGGAUAUAAGACCGCAAAUACAUUCAUCUACAUCAACUCAUGCUCCAUGUCAUGGAAAGGACGAUAUAAAUGAUGAAAUUCAAGAGGACGACAUAAAUGAUAAAAUUCAAGAGGACGACCUAAAUGAUAAAAUUCAAGAGGACGAUGUAGAUGACGAAUUUCAAGAGGACGACAUAGAUCUAGAUGAUGAAUUUCAAGAGGAGGAUAUAGAUGGUGAAUUUCAAGAGGACGACGUAGAUGAAGAAUUUAUGGAGGAUGACAUAUCUAACGAAUUUCAAGAGGACGAUCUGGAUGCUUUACUCCUAGAAGACAAACUUGAAUGA